AUGAAGACUGCUGCUGUUCUCACCACGGCCCUCGCUGCCGCCACCCAGGCCGUCCCUAUCCUCAACUUGGGCAAUGGCAGGGGCAACAAGGGCGGGCUCCUCGGCGGGCUCUUGGACCUGGACCUCGACCUUGGCUCGGGACUCAAUCUCGACCUCGGGAAGGGUGAUCUGAACCUCGGCGACCUGGACGUGGAUCUCGACCUCGACCUCGACCUUGCCCUCGGCGGCAAGAAGGGCAAGUACUUCACCUCCGCCUACCAGGUGAUCGCCACCCCCGACCAGGUCGUCAACACGAUGAAUGAGAAGACGGGCGGCCUCGAGGGUACAAAAGGCCUUUACACAUUCGGCAUCAACUCGAACAAGGAUGUCAUCUGCUACAAGAUCGUCAUCACGGGGUUUGAGGGCGAGUAUCAGUCGUCCGCUAAGACGGCUACCCACGUCCACCAGGCGGACAAGGGCAUGUCCGGCCCUCCUCGGAUUACCUUCCCCGAUCCUCAGGGCGACAAGGUCCGCGUGUCCAAGGGCUGCCUCCAGGGACCUUUCACGACGGGCAUCAUUGUCGAUGGCCAGGACACUGGGAGGGGAUUCACGCUCAAGCAAAUUGAGGAGAAUCCUUCAAACUUCAACGCCGACGUGCACUCGUCCCUGGCCGUGCCAGGCGCUGUCCGUGGCCAGUUCAAGCACUAA